AUGGCAGAUUUCCGUAAGCGCAAAAGGGGCGCAAAAGAAUUGUUAUCCCCUGGUUUGCAGGAGUGGCGUUUGGCUUCUGUAGAUGAAGUGUUAAAAAAGGAAAAUCUUGCAAAGAUUAAAAAAAAUGGUAUCCUCAAUUCGUGGGAUACUGCACGCCUUCUGAAUGGAUGCGUGAGAGAAAAAUAUAGUGCUGUCAAACAGUACAGGCCCAACUUGGAGGACAUGCUACUAAUUAAAACAGAAGAAUCAAGACAUUCAGAUGGUUCUUUCCGUGAGAAUAUGUACUCUGGAGAUUCUGGAGGGAAAGAAAUCUCAGGAGUUAAAUGGACGACUAAAGAAGGUAUAGCAGCUAUAUUAUUAUCUGCUGAGGAUAAAAUCACCGAAGCUAUAUGCUUCGUCUUAUACGGUAUCGUUCAGAAGAAGGAUGAUGAUGGACAGCGUGCAGAAGAAUUAAACAAGUUGACGAAAUGUCUCCAGGAGAAAUUCGGUAAUGGCAGAACGGUAUUGCAUUACGCAGUAGAUCAACCAUACAACAAGAAACACGGGGAGUACGUUGCCAAGAAGUUGAAGGAUGAUUUUAAAGGUGACAAAAGUUUGAUAAAAGCUGCAGAUAGAUUCGGGAGGACUGCUCUUCAUAUUGCAGCUUUCCAUGGUAAUACCAAAGUUUGCAGAAUUCUUAUUGAAGAUUGUAAGAUUGAAGCGGAUGGAACGGAUAUAAACAAGGAAACUGUACUGCACUUUGCUGUAAAGGGCAAACAAAAAGGCGUAUUGGAUUACUUGUUGCCUAAAGUGCAAAACAUAAUAGGUUCACCAGACGCCCAGGGGAGGACAACUCUUCAUAAAGCAGCUGUUCAGGGUGAUGUAAAAAUGAUCGAUGCUCUACUGUUAAGUAUAAGCGAGUCCAAAGAUAAAGAGGAACAGCUCACUUUUAUCCGCCAAUCUGAUUUAUUCGGUCAAACAGCUCUUCUAGAAGCGGCUAGAGGAGGCCAUGUUGAAGCGGUGGAGCUCCUUUUGAAUAUGGGAUCUCGGCCUCUUCAUGAACGCAACUCUGAUGGCAGAACUGCUCUUCAUUAUGCUGUGCAACUCUCUGAAAAGAACGAGGCAGAAAGGAUGGCUAGUUUACUGUUGGAUCGUUGCGCAUCUGACGAAGAGAAAUCGCUUCUGCUGUGGGCUUCGGCAACAGGUAGCGGUACAGCAGAACAAGCAAGUCCAGAGUCUUCAAAAGUACAGAAGUAUCUUAAAGAAAAGAGAGAAGGCACCACAACAACCGAGCAGGAUUUGUUAUGUACCGCGAUUAAGCUGGGGCAUGAUAAGAUAGCAUGGGAACUCGUUAAAAGAGGUGCUAAUGCAGCUGGCUUAAGUAAACGCUCUAGGAAGCCUGAGGAAAGACAGCGCGUCGAAAAUUGUACGCUUUGCUCCAAACCCCUUUCUUCUUCAUGUGCUUACAUCUGUGAUUUACAUCUAUUAAGUUUUUUAUCCCUUUUAUAUUCAUUGAAAUAUACCUAA